GUCAGCUCCGGCUCCAAUCAGCUACAGCUAAAAGUUGUAGGUAACGACGCCAACACUUUCAGUCUGCGAUACAAACUUGAACCUGAAAGAUCAAUUCGGUGGCUGCCGUGUGUGGCCCCUGUUUAAAUUUUAGUCGUUUUCGUUUUGUGUAAAGUGAAGUGAAGGUGCAAAGAGACAGAGAUCUGAUCUAUACUAUAUACAUAUAUACAAACCUAUAUAAACUAAAUACGAUUCAAUUGAGAUAAACAAGCCAUAUUUAAUACGAAAAAUGACGACGGCGGCGGUGUACAAGUUAACAAUUCCAGUAAUUAUGAUAGUCUGCAAUGUCUUUGCGCCAAGUGCACACGGUCAGUCAUACCUGCUUACGCUUGAGAACGUUCUCACACGUCAAUUGCCAUACAAUACGACGGGAAAUAAUAAUACCUCAUUGGAGACCGAAGUAUUUGCCGAUCCCACUGAUAAUAAUACCAGGAUAUUUGUCUACAAGAACACUGUUGUUGAAUCGUCGCCAAACGAACUCUCACAGACUGCCAUGGAUGUGAUCACGAUUGUUUGGUAUGUGGCCACAUUUUUGGCACUGGCUGCCUUCUUUAUGCUGAUGGCUUGCUCGGAUCGUCGCUGUCGAGAUGUCCGCAGUCAUCCUAGUGCCACCACAAAUGAAGGAAUGCGUGCACCACCCACUCCUUCGCCUUCUUACAGUGAAUUUGCCCCGCCCAGCUAUGACACGGUGAUCAAAAUGCAACAUGCGGCCAAGACAAGUGUCUUUGUCAUACCGUUCAAUGGGGAGAAUAAGUCCAAUGAGGGAGUCAUCGCCACGCCCACUAUAACUGCACCUGUCUGUAAUGUGUUUACGGUCAAUGAAGUGCAAAAAGCGGCGCAUUAAAAUGCCGAUAAGCAAUGUAUAAGAUAAAUAACUACGUCUCUGUGAUAUUUGCUGUACGUACUGUCGUCCCAAGGAGCCAUUUUCCCCCUAUGGCGGAACAUGUGUGCAGUGUGAAAUGUAUUUUGUAUUUUUUUUUCCUCUCCUCUUGUUAAGUUCUUAAUGCCAAGUAUUUAACUGAUAUGUCAAUUAGUUGUAGACACUAAGAAGACUGACCGCAAAAUGAAAAAAAUGAAUGAAAAUGGGAAUUCAAUUCCAUAUCCUACACAUUUACAUACAGUCGGGCAGUUUAACUGUUUUUAUGUAUAGGUACCUAACUAGAUGAAUAAGUUAAACAAAUAAUAAAUAUUUUCUUUGUAAUAAUUGAUAUUUAAA